ACUCAAAUAAUACUAAAAAUAUAUUUUUUAAUGAAAAAUCGGUUAUUGAUAUUUGAUGCAUUAUAAAAGAGGUUGGUUUCGUUUUCUUAUCCCUAACCCAAUUCAUAUGAGCCAAUGGAAAAGAAACGAUGUGCAGUUGUUACGGGAGGAAACAAAGGAAUUGGAUUCGAAAUAUGUCGUCAGCUUGCUGUAAAUGGAAUUGAAGUUAUAUUAACAGCUAGGAACGAGAGUCGAGGGAUAGAAGCUGUCAAGAAACUCCAUGAUUCUGGCCUUCCAAAUAUUGUCUUCCAUCAACUUGAUAUCAAUGAUCCACGAAGCAUCGAACGUUUAGCUAAAUUCAUUGAAACCGAUUUCAAAAAACUUGAUAUCUUGAUCAAUAAUGCAGCAUUAAUUGGAAUUAUUAUGCAUGAAAAAGAAUUCAAAGCCGGUGCUGGAUUUGUGCAAGUGCUCGAUGAGAAUGCGCAUCUUCUUGCGGAAGUCAUUGAGGAACCAUACGAACUAGGUGAAGAGUGUUUGCAAACAAAUUACUUUGCAACUAAAAGUGUAACGGAAGCACUUAUACCACUUCUCCAGCUCUCCAAUUCACCAAGAAUCGUCAAUGUUACCUCCACUUACGGAGAGCUAAGUUAUCUUCACAAUGAGAAGUUGAAAGAAGAGCUACGAGAUAUGCAAAAUAUAUGA